AUGGAACCGCGGCGCCGCAGAGAAGCCAAUAAAUCCACGCGGAAAGGCACGGUGGAGACAAGCGCGCACUAUUGUGUUGGUGGGGCUUUUUGUUUUAUGCGCGCAGGGGUGGGCGCGCUCACACUUGUGCCAUUGUCGUGGGGUCGUCCCAGGGCCUCGCUCGCCGUGCUGCAAGUCGGACUCAAAGAAUUUGUUGUUUGGGGAGAGGUGAGAGAAGCCCAGUCUGAAGCUCAGGGAUGGGGCAGAGAUGUGGACGGUGAGACGGAGAGUAAGGACGCAGCAGGAGCUCGCUGUGGAAGCCGCGGGGACGAUGCCACCUCUCACCUGCGGGAGUACCAGGGAGGGAGGGGGGUGCUUGGAGGACUGGCCAGUGGUCAAAAGGCAGCUGUCUCCAACCACUGA